UCUUCCGAUCGUAUCUCGCGUAGCCGGCGCGCUUCCGAGCGCGCAGCGACAAAAACCCGCGGCCCCGACUCGCCCCGCUCCGUUCGCCCUUAGCCCUUCGCCUCUCGUCGACCGUCAUACGGGCCGAAGGGGCGGUCUCGGUUUAAAUCAUCUUGUGUCUCAUUCUAAGGCUCGGUUUCGCCAAACGUCGCUUAACUUUGAUCCUGGUUUAAUUCAUGCUUGUCUCUUUCUAAAGUAACAGUCGGAAAGAACGAAUUCAGCUAAGCCUCAAGUUAGACCCAGUUUCGCCAAGCGUCGCUUAACUUUAAGCUUAGCUUAAUUCGUUCUUUGCUCUCUUUCCAACUGUUACUCUUUAGAAAGAGACAAAUAUGAAUUGAACUAGAUUGUUAAGCGACGUUUCGUGAAACCGAGCCUUGAGCGACGUUGGUGAGACCAGGCCUAAAGCCCGUGUCACAUUACGUAUUGCGGAUCGAGGAUCGAAUUGAAAUUGCGGAUCAUAUUUCAGCCAAUCAGACGAGGCGGCCUUGAACCCGAUUGGUUGAAUUGCGAUCCGUGAUCCGCAAUAUGUAGUGUGGCACGGGCUUAAUGGGCAGUUAGAAAAAGACAAAAGAUAAUUUAAACUAAGAUCAAAGUUAAACGACAUUGGCGAGAACCGAGGUAAGCCAACUCGAUAGCGCGGAAAAUAUAAAAACUGUAAAAAGAAUUCUCUCUCGACUCCCGAAUUGUGAGAUGAAUCCUCUCCGCGUCAUUUAUACUCUAUAGAUGUCUCUAAGAAUUCGAAAGACAUUUGCUUUUAUGUCAACGAUUUUGAGCUCAAUCUUUCUCGGACGCGGAAAGAAUUCUUUUAUACGCAGAGUCGGUUUGCGGCCAAGCCAAAAUUGUGCCACCAGCCAAUGGCGAGGACGAUCUUCGAAAAAGACGCAGAUUUUCAUUGGUUGUUCCCAGUUAACGUUAUCGAAAAACCUCGACAGCAAGUUACAGAAUUCCCGUACAGGGCAACGAUUGCUCGAGCUAUUUGGGCAUCUUCCACCGCGCUUUUGAUUCGGCCCGCAUGCUCGCCGCGUGAUUUAAAUUUCAAAUUUCCGCCCGGGCUCGAAUGUCGCGACUUUUUCUCUCUCUCGUUCCUCGGGUGAUCGACAGAGAUUUCGCGCGUCUCAAUUGCCGCGGCGGAAAACGCUGCGCGUUCGACGUGGCGAUUGCGGCGUCCGCGAUCCGAAUUUCCUUCCGCGAAACGUAAUCGCCGGGAAAUCGAUCGGGUAUCAUUGGAACGGCCUUGAACCACUUCUCCCCCCCCCUCGCGCCGCGCCCGGAGAAUCCGAGAGUCGAAGGGGCAUCGAUUUUUCGCGCGUCGCGCCAACUUCAGCCUGCACGCAGUCCGGACAAGGCGCUCGUAUUCCCAAGUCCCGUCCAGCGCGUUCCCAUGCAAGGAUACGUGCCGCGGCGUCCCGUUUUUUAAGACCGCACUUUCCCCCCUUCUGUGCCCGUUGUUUAUGGCACGGCCGAGGGGACGCGAGUGAGCGCGCACCCCCCUCGGAGCACCGGACAUAACCAAGGGGACGCAGGAUGUCGCUGCUCCUGAACCCCGCGGGGACCGUCCACCUCAACGACGACGCGACGGAGGAUCCGUACCUUUCCGGGGAUGAAAACGAUGAUUUUAACUUUAAGUACGUGCCUGCAAAUCGCUUCAAGUACAUAGUAAAGGACGUGCGCAGGCAGAGAUGCCGGGAGGAGGAGGAGAGCGUGUGGGCGUCCUUCGUCAGGCGGCAGGAGCUCAACGACUACGGCAAGGGUGGCAUCCAGCCGUCCGUUCAGAGUAUCAAGCAGCUGUUGGACGAGGGUAUGAGGGAGGCGGACAGGGAACUCAAGAAAUUGGAGACCGACGUUGCGUCCGAUGGAACGGCGAGAGAGUGCGACAAGGCCGGUGGCAAUGGUCAGAAGCGUAAGCCGAAAGUAAAUAAUAUCAGGGAUUCGGCUGCGAAGAAAGCGCCGAGCACGAAAGACACUGGGACGGCCAGCACCAACUUGCUGCUCGCGAUCCCCGAGGAGAGCAACGAGAGGAGGCGCGCGCCCGAGGACUUCAGGUCGUACGCCAGAAAGUCCCGCUCCGGCCACGCGAUACCGCGGAGGCGGCCACCGCCGAGGCAGCCGCGCCACGCGACCAACGACGGCGUCGAGUACAAUUCCAGUCCCGAGAGCAGCGCGCGCCGCGACGACGGCGUAAUUUAUGUGCGGCCGGACCCGUUCACCAUGCGCAAGAUCUUCACGAUGCAGCGCAGGGUCGGCGAGCUGCUGGACGAGAUCGCGCUCAGACUGGGCAACAUCCCGGCGCCGGACGGGAUCAAGGAGCUGCAGAGGCGGCAGCAGUGCGUCGCCGAGUUCGUCGUGCGGUUCUCCAGGAACUAUCUGUACGAUCUUAACAGAUACGUCAAGGAUAUCCGCAGGCAUAUGUGCGUCAUCUCGCCACGCGCGAUAAUAAGGCCGAAUCGCCGAAACCUGGGGCUCCACAUGCACGCGAUCGAGCACAAGCUUCUCGCCGCGCAUCAGCUGCUGCUGCACGCGUUGGUCGCCUAUUGCAAACACGUCCCCAGCUCCAUUCCCAAGGGACAUCCCGGAAAGCUCAGAGAGAUAUUGCAGGUGGUUCUCGAUCUGAAGACCAUGUGCGACCGGCUCCACUUGAAUUACUUCGAUUCGGGGGACACGGACGUUCUGUCGCUGGGGAAGGAGAUUGAGAGCAAGUGCAAUGCCGUUCUGUCAAAGUUGAAGGUCCCCACGGACAAUGACUUGCUCGAUUCCAACAAAACUCCCUCAGUGACGUCCUUCACUCCACAUUCGACGAAUAAAAAGCGACCCAGUCGCAAACAAUUGUCCAAUCGGCUGAGCAUGUACAGCAUGGAUACCAAAGCUUCCAAGAUUAAUUCUAAACCCAAGACAAAUUACCUUCAAAAAGAUAAGAGGUGUAGUGCAAUAGACGUUAAAAGGAUCUCCAACGAGCUAAUAUCGGAGCAGCCGUAUCCCAGUUCUGCAACAUCUAAGGAUGCGGAUCAGGCUGACGUUAGAAAACACAGAGCGUUCGCAAAAGAGGAGGAUAUAAAGACCAUGAUGGAUAUAUUAUCCAUAGACUCGGACAACGGCAGCAACUUCGAAACGCAAGAGAGACAUAAUAACGCGAUGCCCACUAGGAGAAUAGCGAGAAAGCGGUCUGGCAGGUUGCGGGACGAGAAGCAAUUAGAAACCAUAGAGAAUAUUGUUAAGAACACUUCCACAAACAACGACGACGAAUCCGUGAAAAGAGAGGCGGUUACAGAGGAACAUUUGUCUAAUUUGGUGCCGGUUAUAGCAGACUUCAUGUCUUUGGUUUCCAAUAAGCAAAAUGAAUUAGAAACGGGGCCAGUUUAUUCUAAAACUUGUACGAAGACAUUAAUGAAAUUCCUGCAGAAGUAUCAGUCGGCUAAAAGCAUGAAUGCGAAGUUCAACGCAAGCUGCGACGUAUGUUGCUCAGGCAGUGAAUGCGAAUGUCUCGAGACAAAUAGGACGAUGCGGAAAAACGGCGAGAAUAUGCAGCUGAUUUGCGUGUCGUCGAUAGAAAGUGUAUCAAAGCCACCUCGCUACUGCGACGCGUCGUGUCAAGCGGAUAGCUUAACGGAAUUGCCGGAUUUUGAGGCCAAGAUGAAGGAAGGAAAAUUUGUGGUAGACUCGCUGAACAACAUCGAGCUUGUCGUUUCCGAGGAAACGGAGAUGGAUUUUUUGAAAUAUAAGGCCGAGUAUCAGCGGUCGAUGCAAUCGAUUCCGAUGUACUCUAGCAACACGCAAAAUAAACCGUGGGACAUUGUCGCUUGGAUAUCCGAUAAGCUCGUAGACGAGUUGAUAACGGAGAUCGCGAAGGAGCUGCAAAUAGACGACGUCAUACAGAAGCUUUUCGAGUUAGAGUUCCAAGAAUUCUAACGCUACUUGAGACUGCACAAAAGAGAUUGUACAAGAGACUUUGCGUAAAUUUGAGAUAUUUUAUAUUAUAAAUUGCUAAUUUUGGAAAUAUAAUAUUGCGUCUUUGUAAAUUGUCUCUUUCUUUCCAGCCAAGCGACUUUUUCCUGAAAUAUUUCUAAAUACAAGCGUCAUAUUAUCCGAUUCAGUUAGACAAAUGUGUCAGAUUCGCAAUAAGCAAAAUGUUGGCAGCUGCCUUGCAGAUUCGAACAGACCAUUACAUCAGACAUAAUCCUACAGCAAAUUGACAGUAGAAACGUGACAGAAUGUCAUUUCAUUCAAGUAGACAGAAUGACAGAUAUUCUCCGAGCUCUUUUCAUUAUAUUUCUGCCGACCCUGCUGACAAAAUUUACAAGAUCUUCACGAGACCUAUUUUCGAUAAAGUUGAUUAUCUAGUACUUAAACAAUUCGUUAGCUGAUGGUAGCAACCAAGAAUCUGUCGUUGAUUUCAAUUAAAUAAAAUCGUUACAAGAUAGCGGCUUUUAUUCGGGCUUUGCGGUGCAAUUAAUCAUUGCGUGUUCCGUUAAUAGA